AAUAUGAAGUAAACAAACCAACACCUUGCUUUGAAUCUGUACGUAAUAAAGAGGUUUAAAAUUGUACUAAAGUUUAACAUGAAUAUAAUCAGUUAGUCUGAAUCGAUGUUCAUCUUUGUUUAUAAGCGCAACUUAAGAAUUACUUUCUAAAGGGAUGUGCAUUUUGUUGUUCUCUGUUUCCCACGUGUGUUUUGGAUGUUGCAUGCAUGCAUGAACUUUAACCUGGGUACAUAGCCACGCAGCAUCGACAGAACAUUCAUUGAUCGUAAAAACACGAAUCUUUCAUUUAUGAGCAUUAACUUAAGUUGAAUUAGUAUUUUAUUCCUGAACUUUUUUAAAUAAUUGCGCGCUGCGCGGAUUCAUUUAACACUAGCUGUUGCGGCCAGAUGGACACUUUUAUUAGCUUCACAAACCAAAGUCAAGGAAGGGAUCGCAUAUUCAGGGCAACCCAGUAUGCAUGUGCUUUUGCGAAAUACCUCAUGAGAAAUGAAGCGAAAAGGAAGGAGCUGGUGAAAAAGCUGCAGAAUCUGGAGUCUAAUAUGAGUUCAGGGCGGAAGUUAUUGAGGCUUGGGAACACAGUGAACUCUAUCCAUGCAGCCAAGAGCACUCUUCAUAUCUCUGACCCUGUGCUGCGGUUUUGCCUUACUGUGGCCAAUCUCAACCGAGCCCUCUACUUCAUCUGUGACAACAUACUCUGGGCCAGAAGUAUUGGGCUCAUAAGAGAAAUCAACAAGGAGAGCUGGAGCUUGAAUGCCUCUCGGUUCUAUUUUCUGUCCUUGGUCAUGAAUCUAACCAGAGAUGCCUAUGUGAUUGCCCAGCUUAUGAUGCAGAGAUCUCAGGAUAGACACUACCAGCAAAAAGUUAGCCAGCACCUCAGUGAGAGCCCAGAUGUGGCUUGUGUCAUAGUGCCUCAGCUUGAUGCAUUCCUCUUUCUACUCAUCGAGAGCCUUAAAAGUCACCCAUCUGUGGCUCUCGAUACACUUAAAAAUGUUUGUGAUCUUUUCAUUCCGCUUGACAGGCUUGGUGUUUACCAGACAAAUGCAGGGGUGGUGGGGUUCUGUGGGCUUGUUUCCUCCCUUUUAGGAAUUCUGUCAGUUUUGAGGCCCAACCUAAAAAUCAAGCCAUGAUUUAGGGAAUUUGGAAAAUACUUUAGAGUAAGAUUACACGAUUAAAGAGAUUGUUCACCCAAAAAUGAAAAUGUUGUCAUCAUUUAUUAAACCUCAUGUCGUUUUUAACCCUCAAUAUUUGCUUUCUUCAUUAGACCCCAAAAUGAGGUGCUAGGCAGGAUGUUCAUGCUGCUCUUUUCCAUACUUUGAAAGUAAAUGUUGACCAGGGGCUAUCAAGCUCCAAAAAUGACAAAACAUGCCAUAACAUAUAUUCCAUGUCGUCUUAAGUCAUAUUUGAACAUAUGCAAACAUGAAUGUGAUUUGACUACUUUCACUGCAUGAAAAAGAGCAGUAACAACAACUUCUCUUUUUGUGUACCAUGGGAGAAAAAAAAAUACAGUUUUUGAAUGACAUGAGGGUGAAUAAAUGAUUAGAGAAUUACAUUUUUGGGGUAAACUAUUCCUUUAAUAACUAUGAAAGUCUUCUAACACUGAGACAGUGCACAUCUCUUAUAAAGAUGAACAAAAAUAGAACAUUUUAUUGUGCACUUUAGACUACCAUUAACAAACACAAGCUCUUUGUUGUGAUGGGAUCUUUCUUGUUGUAUAAGCAAGAUAACAGAAAAUAUAAGGCAGCAGUACACCUGCAGGGCUGUUCCUCUAAAUCCAUUAAUAUUCUCAACAAAAAGAGUGAAAAGUAGCAGCAUUAUUUAGAUACUUGAGAUUUUGUCAUGUACCCAUGGCCACAUGCUGUUCACUUUCAUUAAAUAGAGUGCCUUGAUGCAUCCAUCUGUGAAUAUGUAUCGUCAUGGCAACCUAAGUAAAAAUAAUGCACCUGAAUAUUAUGAACCUUUUAAUAGAGAUAGUUUAACUUUUGUUCUUAUUUGAAUGAGAUUAAAAUAAUGAGAGUGAAUGAACAAAUAAUGUUUUAAGACAUUUUGGAACGUAUCCCUUUUAUUGUAUUUGCUUAUUUCCACUGAUCCGACUUUUUUUCUAGGCAACAGGUGUUCUGUAUGCUGGCAUAUGCACUGGGAGCAUAUGCUCAACUUCUAAGAUACAAAUUACAUGUAUGGUCCUCUAGGUGGAGAACCAUCUGGAAUUAUGCAAAUAUUCUACCUCAUUGACCGAUUUCGGAGUUGUUUACAGAUGCUUAUUUGAGGAUGUAACUAGGGGACAUAAACUUUACAAUAGCUAAAGUUUACAAUUUAAUUCUUUGUAAUUUGAUUGUCAUUGCAAACUGUACUUCGAAAAAAACUGUGAACUUUAAAAAAGGAAUUUUAUACACCGUUGAAAAGAUUUUGAUUUUGCAUAACGAUUAUUUGAUAAUGGUAACGUAUGAAGUCCCUUUGGACUCCUCAUAGAUCCUUUCAAUAAGGGAUGCACCGAUUGGAAAAAAAAAAAAAAAAAAAAAAAAACAUUCUGAUACCAAAAUGAUAGGCUGAUAAUUAUUUUGUCAUCAGAUCAAUGUUAUGCUUAGGAAUUAUGCUUUUAAAAUUUACAAAAGCUUUUUUACUGUUCUAAAAAUAAUUUCCAUUGAAAAUGGAUUGGAUCUGUUGAAAACAGGUCAACAUUGUAAAGAAAGCCACUAUGAAAGAUAAAUAGAAAAUAAAAAGACUAAUAUAUAUAUAUAUAUAUAUAUAUAUAUAUAUAUAUACACACUAUAUUGCCAAAAGUAUUCGCUCACCCAUCCAAAUAAUUGAAUUCAGGUGUUCCAAUCACUUCCAUGGCCACAGGUGUAUAAAAUGAAGCACCUAGGCAUGCAGACUGCUUCUACAAACAUUUGUGAAAGAAUGGGCAGCUCUCAGGAGCUAGUGAAUUCCAGCGUGGUACUGUGAUAGGAUGCCACCUGUGCAACAAGUCCAGUCGUGAAAUUUCCUCGCUACUAAAUAUUCCACAGUCAACUGUCAGUGGUAUUAUAACAAAGUGGAAGCGAUUGGGAAUGACAGCAACUCAGCCACAAAGUGGUAGGCCACGUAAAAUGACAGAGCGGGGUCAGCGGAUGCUGAGGCGCAUAGUGCGCAGAUGUCGUCAACUUUCUGCAGAGUCAAUCGCUACAGACCUCCAAAGUUCAUGUGGCCUUCAGAUUAGCUCAAGAACAGUGCAUAGAGAGCUUCAUGGAAUGGGUUUCCAUGGCCGAGCAGCUGCAUCCAAGCCAUACAUCACCAAGUGCAAUGCAAAGCGUCGGAUGCAGUGGUGUAAAGCACGCCGCCACUGGACUCUAGAGCAGUGGAGUCGCGUUCUCUGGAGUGAUGAAUCACGCUUCUCCAUCUGGCAAUCUGAUGGACGAGUCUGGGUUUGGUGGUUGCCAGGAGAACGGUACUUGUCUGACUGCAUUGUGCCAACUGUGAAGUUUGGUGGAGGGGGAUUAUGGUGUGGGGUUGUUUUUCAGGAGCUGGGCUUGGCCCCUUAGUUCCAGUGAAAGGAACUCUGAAUGCUUCAGCAUACCAAGAGAUUUUGGACAAUUCCAUGCUCCCAACUUUGUGGGAACAGUUUGGGGAUGGCCCCUUCCUGUUCCAACAUGACUGCGCACCAGUGCACAAAGCAAGGUCCAUAAAGACAUGGAUGAGCGAGUUUGGUGUGGAAGAACUUGACUGGCCUGCACAGAGUCCUGACCUCAACCCGAUAGAGCACCUUUGGGAUGAAUUAGAGCGAAGACUGCGAGCCAGGCCUUCUCGUCCAACAUCAGUGUCUGACCUCACAAAUGCGCUUCUGGAAGAAUGGUGAAAAAUUCCCAUAAACACACUCCUAAACCUUGUGGAAAGCCUUCCCAGAAGAGUUGAAGCUGUUAUAGCUGCAAAGGGUGGGCCGACAUCAUAUUAAACCCUAUGGAUUAAGAAUGGGAUGUCACUUAAGUUCAUAUGCAUCUAAAGGCAGAUGAGCGAAUACUUUUGGCAAUAUAGUGUAUAUAUAUAUAUAUAUAUAUAUAUAUAUAUAUAUAUAUAUAUAUAUAUAUAUAUAUUUUUUUUUUUUUUUUCAUAUAGCCGUUUUCAUGCUAAUAUCUGAUAUGCCGAUGGUUUUAAUUUGGUCAACAUUAGCCGAUAAAUAUCGGCAGCCAAUACACUGGUGCAUCCCUACUUUCAAUAGAAAUUUGCAAAGCAAGUUGCAAUUUUGGGUUCCUGCAACAUAAGUGAGAUGAUUAUCAAAUAACCUUUGACUGCUUUUAAAUAUGAAGCAUAAUGACAGACUUUAUGCAAAUUACUCUGUGAGAUCAGGUACACAAUGUACUAAACACCCAAAACUGUGAAAUGAAUAAAAAUAUGCAAAGCAGAAAACAUUGCAUUGUAUUAAGUUAAUGUGGUCCAGUUUAUUUAAGGCAUCUACAUCAAUACAUGAAGUUGCCCCAUGAAAGAAUGAAACAAGCUGUUAACAAUAUAAAGAGCAAUGCUAUUUUGGCAAAUCUAUCAGUUUUCCAGCCAGAUAACAAAAUCAGAAUCAAGGAUUAGAAGAACUAACACUGUAGUGACAUAAAUAACAGACCAGGAGUCUCCACAAGAGAAAUGUCAAAGCGUAAAAGUGACACAAAAAUACUUCCAUAAUGUAAUGUACAGGCUAUGGGCAUAGUUAACUGAUGAACAGACUUUAAAAGUCAAAAAAGACUUUGCUUUUAGUAUGUUUGGUUGUUUGCAUUGGUCUUGAAGUUGAGUUCAACAGUAGACCACUUAGAUCGUCAAUCUGCGUUUAUCAAGUACUACAUUCUGGGAAAUCAAGACAUACUGUAUCCUUUCAUUCACAGAAAACAUUACCCAAACAAAAUCAGGGUUCGCCUUCAUGCCUUUAAAGGAGAAAACGCAGAGCUCAUUGGAACUUCAAGAAAUGAAACUAAAACCGCUUUUUCAGUAAAACGUACACAAGUCAUUUUGACAUUUCAAAUUUCCUGUGACAACAGUCAACAGAUAAGGUAAUGAAAAUGUUAUUUCAUUAAUCAAUACACACACACACACACACACACACACACAUACAUAUAUAUAUAUAUAUAUAUAUAUAUAUAUAUAUA